AUGAACGCCGUCAAAGUCGACACGCCCGAGAUCCGCGCGGCCUACGACGCCGUGCGGUCCGACAAGGACAGCACCAACUGGCUCCUGCUGACGCCGUCGGGCAAGGAGGCGGAGCUGACGACGGGCACCGAGGGCUGGGACGAGUUCGUUUCCAAGCUGGACGACGCCAAGGACCAGUACGGCUACGCACGCGUCGAGUACGCCAACGACAGCGAGAGCACCCGGACCAAGUUUGUGCUCGUCAUCUGGAACGGCAAGAACGUCGAGGGAAACAUUGGCAAGCGCCGCUUCGCCAUCAUCAACCAAAAGAACGCAGUCAUGAGCGCCAUGAACCACUACAGCCUCGACAUACAGACCGAGGACAAGAGCGAUCUGAAGAAGGACGACGUCGUCAAGGAGCUGAGGAGGACCGGCGGCGCUGACUACAACGGUGGAAGGGGUUAG